AAAACACAGAUCAGUAUGUUUUCUGUAGAAAUGACUAGUGGACUAGUUCUGCACAGUGGAGUCUGGUGGCUAGUGUUAGGGCUGGGUUUUAACUUUAUGGGCGUAUAUAUCGGCUGAUCUCAAUGAAUUAGAAGAUGAUUGAGAUGUUCAUACUCAUUUAAAAAAUAGGCUUUAAAGAGAUCCUUUAAACACAAAGUUAUUUUAUGUCUAUAUUUCUGCUCAUUUAGAUAAUUAUGGCUUACAAUCCCAGGUAACAUGGCCGACUUGACUUUUGUUAAAUAGUCAUGAUCCACAAAAGGCCAUUGCUAAGGAACUAGUUGUUCGUAGGGUUUAAUGGAAAGUUUACUGAAAGGAAAAAUGUUGUAAUGCUCAUUUAUGGGGCAGCAGUUGAAAAAGACAGAAUUGGGCGGGGCGUCGCGAGGAGUGUUUAAUGUCCAGUGAUCACUGAAGGUUACAGAACAUACUGUGGCAAUAUGAGACGUUCAAGUGAGUAAAAAUAAGUAACUAAAUAACUCUGAUUUAUUAGAUAUUUUACGAUAAAACAAGUCUAUAAAUUUUAAAUUUAGUUUGCUUCUUUAGUAAUGAGACCAUGGUUGUUUUUCUCAGUAAAUAAACAAUAGUUAUAAGAAGGACGGAAAGGGCUCUGCAUUUUUAAUGUCUUGCAGUCCGUGAAUGCAUCACUAUAUACACGUUGCAGCAAUGAACGCGGCUUUAAAACUUCGGACAAAUUGAGCGGCAUAAAUUGACUUCCUUGUUGGUUUUCUUAAAAUUGAUAGUUUAGGUGUGGAGCCACGGUGCAGCCGUCAGCCCUCUGGCCACAGCAGAGCAGAGAGGUCAAGUCACUAUACGUGGUCGAAAAAUGAAGGAACCAUUCAGUGUUGGGACGGUGGUGGUGGUGGGGGAAAACCAUGAAACUGUCGUGUUUUUACUCGAGCCUCGUCGAAACAACCAGAGAGACCAUAAACACGUUAAACUUCAUUACCGAAGACUGGCAGAGUAGAGUAUAGAUGCAGACGAGUGUGCAGAAGGCUCAGACGACUGUCACAUCGACGCCCUCUGCCAGAACACGCCCAACUCUUACAACUGCAUCUGCAAGCCGGGCUACACUGGAGAUGGGAAGCAGUGUGAGGACGUGGAUGAAUGUACGAAUGACUACAAUGGGGGCUGUGUCCAUGAAUGCAUCAACAUACCUGGGAACUACAGGUGCACCUGCUACGAUGGAUUCAUGCUGGCCCACGAUGGACACAACUGUUUAGAUGUGGACGAGUGCCUGGACAACAACGGAGGAUGCCAGCAGGUGUGUGUGAACACAAUGGGAAGCUACGAGUGUCAGUGUACAGACGGCUUCUUCCUGAGCGACAACCAGCACACCUGCAUCCACCGCUCUGAUGAUGGGAUGAACUGCAUGAACAAAGACCAUGGCUGUGCUCACAUCUGCAGGGAAGCUCCCUUCAAAGGCGGGGUGUCAUGCGAGUGCCGGCCUGGUUUUGAGUUGGCCAAAAACCAGAAAGACUGCACAUUGACUUGUAACUAUGGAAACGGAGGUUGCCAGCACACAUGUGAAGAUACAGACACAGGGCCGAUUUGUGGCUGCCACCAAAAGUACGCCCUGCAUUCAGACAGCAAGACCUGCAUCGAGAAAGAUGAGGCUGCAAUUGAGAGCUCUGAGUUCAAUGCCACGUCAGUAGCUGAUGUGGACAAGCGGGUGAAACGGCGGCUACAUAUGGAGAGCUGCGCUGUAAACAAUGGUGGCUGCGACCGGACCUGUAAGGACACAGCUACAGGGGUCCGCUGCAGCUGCCCUGUGGGAUUCACCCUGCAACCUGAUGGCAAAACCUGCAAAGAUAUCGACGAAUGCGAAGAGAACAACGGAGGCUGUGAUCACUUUUGCCGAAACACGGUGGGCUCCUUCGAGUGCAGCUGCCAGAAAGGAUACAAACUUCUCACUGAUGAACGAACGUGCAAAGACAUCGAUGAGUGCUCCUUUGAGAGGACCUGCGACCACACCUGCAUCAACUAUCCCGGCAGCUUUGAGUGCCUGUGCAAUAAGGGGUACAUCCUCUACGGCCUCACACACUGUGGAGACGUCGAUGAGUGUAGCAUCAACAACGGCAGCUGUGAGUACGGCUGCAUGAACACGCAGGGCAGCUACGAGUGUGUGUGUCCGCCGGGACAGAAGCUCCACUGGAACAAGAAAGACUGCAUCGAGGCUGUGAAGUGUCUACCCAAUGGAAAGCCCGCUCCGCGAGCCCAGCUGGUCUGCACUAAGAGCGGAGAUGCAGAGGUCUGCUCGCUCUCCUGUCCCUCCAACGCUCUCUUCCUCGCAGACUCAGAGAACUACACAUUAAGCUGCGGAGUUCCCAUCCAGCCUGAUCCGCUGGCCCCGCCCAUCAAGCAGAAGGCCAAGUUUAAGAUUAAAGAUGCCAAGUGUCAUCUGAGCCCCCGCAGCAAGGAGAAACACAGGGACUCCUCCAGGCAGAACAUCCAAGGAGGGCAGUUCCCCUGCACUGAUGACUGCCAAGUAACAUUCGUCAACCUCAAGUGUGACUCGUCAAAGAAGCGGCGCAGAGGGCGCAAGUCUCCGUCCAAAGAGGUUUCCCUCAUCACAGCGGAGUUUGAGAUGGAGAUGAAGGAGGAGGAAGCCUCAGACUCGUGUAACAUCGAUUGCGUGCGGGACAAGAUGAGGCAGAAGCUCCAGAUCGCCAUGCGGACACUGAGGAAGUCCAUUAACAAGCAGCAGUUCUACAUCCAGUUCUCUGGAACCGAGUACGAAGUGGCCCAGAAACCGUCCAGGAUCACAGAGGGAGCCGAUACCUGCAGCACUGGUCAGGUCUUCCAGGACGGGAAGUGUGUGAGUUGUGGUGCAGGGACAUUUUACAGUGGUGAGCAGGAGCAGUGUGUUCAGUGUCCUCCUGGAACGUACCAGGACAUGGAGGGACAGCUGUCCUGUGAGCCGUGCCCCAGCACUGAAGGACAGGGUAUCGCCGGUGCCAAGAACGUGUCUCAGUGUGGAGGUCAGUGUCCCGCAGGACAGUUUUCCACUGACGGCUUCCGGCCCUGCCAGCUCUGUCCUCUGGGCUCCUACCAGCCAGAACCAGGACGAGUUCUGUGCUUUCCUUGUGGAGGAGGCCUCAUGACCAAAUAUGAAGCUUCUGUCACCUUCAGGGACUGUGAGGCCAAAGUACACUGCGCUUCUGGACACUAUUACAACUCCAGUACCCACCGUUGCAUCCGCUGCCCAGUGGGGACAUACCAGUCUGAGUUUGGCCAGAACUACUGCAUCAACUGUCCUGGGAACACCACAACUGACUAUGAUGGUGUUACCAAUGUGUCUCAGUGCAAAAACCAGAUGUGCGGAGGGGAACUGGGAGAUUAUACCGGCUACAUCGAGUCUCCCAACUACCCUGGAGAUUACCCAUCAAAUGUGGACUGUGUCUGGACCAUAAUCCCACCGCACAAAAGACGAAUCCUCAUUGUGGUGCCAGAGAUCUUCCUUCCCAUUGAAGACGAGUGUGGAGAUGUGCUGGUCAUGAGAAAGAGUGCGGUGCCCACUUCAAUCACAACCUACGAGACGUGUCAGACGUAUGAGCGACCCAUAGCCUUUACCUCUCGCUCUCGUAGACUUUGGAUCCAGUUUAAGUCAAACGAGCUGAACAGUGGCAAAGGCUUCCAAGUUCCAUAUGUCACCUAUGACGAGGACUACCAGCAGCUGAUAGAAGACAUAGUGCGAGAUGGUAGACUUUAUGCAUCUGAGAAUCACCAGGAGAUACUCAAGGACAAGAAGUUAAUAAAAGCCCUGUUUGACGUACUCGCCCACCCCCAGAAUUACUUUAAGUACACAAGUGCAGAGUCCAAAGAGAUGUUCCCUCGCUCCUUCAUCAAGCUGCUGCGGUCCAAAGUGACCAGGUUCCUGCGACCAUACAGCUAGACUGAAAAUCUUCUUGCACUUUCUUGCUAGAUCCUUGUGAUCCUGCGUCAUUCCAGACCCUCCGACCUACAUGUAACACUGAAUCCCUGAUCAUCUUCUGCCCGCAUUCAGGAUUUCGCCCAAUUUGUGGCGAAAACUCCAGAUUUUCUGUACCUGUCCUCAAUCUCUGUUGUCACAUGAUGCCUUUCAACGUCUUGAAUACAGAACUGUAAACCCCAUCCUUUAUAGUAACUUUACACUUAAACAUCCAAAGUUUGACAAGUAUAGGUUUUUGGAGGCCAGUAAUUAUUGUGUUGUAGAAAUUUGUAUUAGUAUUUAAUUUUGUAAUAUAUUUGUUCCUUAUAUUUCAGCAAAGAGAGUUAUAACCCUGAAUACACCAAUGUAAAACAUCUAGAGUUUUCAUUAAUGUCCUACGGAUGGAAAGCACAGUGUUAAUGAAGCUAAAUGCUGUGAUAGUGUACUAAGUAGCCGAUCUUAGCAAGAUCAUCUUACAGCGUCUAAAAUUAUCUUUGUUCCACAAAUGCUGAUAAACAUAAACUGUUGAUUAAUUUAUGUGCUUAUUUUUGAUCUGAUAGUUAGCUAGCUUGCUAGCUAGUUUGCUGGCUAGUUAGUUUAGCUAGCUUGCUAGCUAAAAAUUAUUGUCCAAUAGAAACAACCCGUGCAGCAAUUUACUCAAUAUUCUGGCCUACAUAAACUGGAGACAAAAGGAAGUUGGUGGCCAAUAAUUUUGUGGAGUAGAUAUUGAUUUACACCAGUAUAAUUAUUACAUCAUACUUCAGCAUUUCAAACUGCAAUGUGUCAUUCGCAUUGGUGAGAAAAGGGAUCAUUUAAAAAAAAAAAAAAAAAGAUUUUACUGAAGGCAGUUCUUUGCAAAAGUAUUCACACCCCUUGCCCUUCAUUUUAGUAUGUCAGCAUUUUGUAUAAAAAAAACUAACAGAAGAGCACAUAAUUCUGAAGUGCAAGCAAAAGAAUCCAUUGUUUUCAAGCAAAGAAAAAAAUAUGUAAAAUAUAUCCUGUAGCAUAGUUUGGGUCAUAAAUAUGUUUUUAUGAUCAUGUUUAGGUUUCUGCAAAUAAUGAUAGUUUCAUCCAUUGCAGUCAUGCUAGCUGUUUCUUCCUUGUCCAGUGUUUAUGCUAUGGAAGGUGUUCUUUGGCUUUGGCUCAUGGCUAAAGAUGUCGCAUUGAAAGGUUGUGCAGGUGUGAAGUCACUGAAAAGGGAUAGCUUGGAUUUUUGAAAUGACAUUCUGUGAGAAAAGUUACAGCUUUCCUGGAGUAGACAGAUGUCAGAUUGCAAUGAGUUGGUGGAAAACGAAAGAAAAACCAUUUGCAAAUGCUAAAUGCUUGCAAGCAAGAGUGUGUGUGACCCGUUAAUUCUGAUCAGCGUCAGGGAGAUGCUGAUCACCUCUGAAGCAGUUUACACACAUUUAGUUGAGCCAUUAUGAAUGCAUUUAAGGGAAAACCUUCUCAUAUUUAUGUAUAUUUCUCAGAUUUGCAACCAGCGCAAACUGUUUGGUUUUUAUUUUUAUUAAGGUGGAAACUGGCAAGUCGUAUUUACGCACAAGCCUUUCUUUCUUAUUCUCACAUUUAUAGUUACAAUACAUUUGUAGUAUAUUUGCAUGGAUUACAUAUAAAAUAUUACCAUCAUCAAAUGAAUCAAUUAAAGGAAUGCAUAAUUUUUUUUUUUUUUUUUUUUUUUUUGCUCUAACGUCUUGAUGUGAAAAACCCCACUGUGAUUUGUUCCUCCAGUCAAAUGUUGCUAAAGUUUUGUCUUGUCAGGUCACAACCUAGAGUUCUCCUUUAAUUGAAAUGAUAAAAUAGUCAACUUUUCCCUUUGAUCCACCCUGCAUCCAUUGUAUUUGAGGCUUGAGAGAUGACAACCACCUGCUGAUAAGAUAAAAAAGGGAUCAUUUCAUCAAUCAACUGCAGGGCCGUUGUUUGGUUUGUUGCUGUUUAGUACUGCUUCUGUCCAAGUACUCUAAAGUUAAAGUAAGCUGUUUCAGACUGAUGCUUUAUUAGUUUGCUUCAUUAGCUGCUAUUUAUAUGUCUGCUCUACAUCCAUUUACUCCUGGGAGAGGGGCCCAAGUCUAACUAGCUGAGCUAAAAGGUAAUCAUGGAUAAGUGGUUAUUACUUACUAAGUAGUUGUGCAUAGCAUAAUUGUGUCUCUGUUAAAACAACAAUAAAAAAAAAAGAUUAUUAUUUGGCUAUUACAAAGUGAAUUUGCAGAUCCCUUUAAAUCUUACGUUUAAUUCUAAUAACUUAAAAUCCUUCAUAUUAAUCUGCAUUUCUCAGUGGAUUUUCUCAAAAACAAAUUUAAGAAUUUUAGAUCUCAGCUCCGUGUUGAAACAGUACAGUCCUGUGCUCUUGCUGGUAUUGUAGUUUCGGGGUAAUUAUUACUCUUGCUAACAUAUGAUCAGCUGAUUUGGUGGAUUGAUAGUCUGAUCCUAUGUGACUUUAGUUGCAUAGACCUGUUAGAGAAAAACAAAGAAAGCGUGAAAGGUUAAUAUCCACUAAUAUGGCGUUGUACUCAAUGAGAUAUGAAUAUUUUUAAACCGCUUAAACAUCGGCUCCAUCUGGCCAGCUGUUAGUCUUCCUUAGUUUUUUUUUUUUUUUUUUUCAAACUCACUGCAGUAUGACAUAUUCUCAAUACUGUAAUUAUUGUUGAGAGUAAUAGUAUUUGCAAUACCUUACAAAAAAUCCAAGCUAUCCCUUUAAGCAUUGUCACGGUCUCUUUGAAAUAUGUAAUUAAGCUUUCACUAUACAGUCUGUUUUAUUAUAGAGUGGUUCUAAUAGAAUAACAUUAAUACUGAAUUAUUAGUAAUAACAGCAAGCUUGUAUUAGCUAACCAAUAUCAGCUUCUGCUGUGUCCAUUAAUCUUUAUUUUCUUACAUUUUUGCCCUCUACCUCCAAACUCCUCCACGGUCGCUUAGUAUUAGCAAUGCUUUUCUCUGUCUUCUGCUAUGUUGUCAUGUUGUUACCGAAUGUUGGGAUAUGUCUGAACAAUGCACGGACACAUCCAGUCAUAGAGUCAUGAUGCGUCAUUAUGAACUGACCCACAAAGAGAGUGGACAGGUGUAUUCCUACAGCAUUCAUUACUUUGGGCUGAUCAGCAGAUGCGCUUAAAGUACUUAAAUGUGACAAAUGAAUUAAUUGCAUCCCAACAAUUCCACCUUAGCCUGUGCUUCAUCCAUCUUAGCACAUGAACAGAUAACACCAAUUUGUUUUUUCUUUUUAUGAAAAAAAAAAUAUAUAUAUAUAUAUAUAACAAGAAGAGAUAAACUACCUAGAAGCGACAAAGUGUUACUUUAGAGAGAAAUGUAUGUGAUUUAACUAAUAUUUGGUACAUUAAUUGCACUUGAAUUUUCUACUUUGAAAUGUUGGGGAGAAAAAAAAACAGUAAUUUUUUUUGUGUUAGCUUUUUUUGUGUUGUUUUCAAGUGUACCACAUAUGGUGGUAAUAAGUAUGAUAGCUGUGUUGCCUCUUAUGCUAGCUCCCUUGUCUUUAGCACCUGAAAGCUUGUUAGCUAACACAACUUCCACUCAGCCAGAGACUAUACAUUUGUAGGAAAAACUAAAUAGUUGUUGAAACACCAUUAGUUGCAAUGGUGAUUAGACAUUGUCUUUUGUAUUGUUUAAUCAAUCCGUCGUACCAUUGUAGGCGAAUCGUGUCAUUACAAAAAGGUACAUUUUCAUAAACGAAUGAGAAACAAA